UGCUCUGCCUAGGACUGAGUCUGCAAAUGGGGCUGCAAGGACCUACAGGUUCCUUCCCAAAACCCACACUCUGGGCUGAACCUGGCUCUGUGAUCCCAUGGGGAAGGUCUGUGAGCAUCUGGUGUCAGGGGACACUGGGAGCCCAGAAGUACCAUCUGUACAGAGAUGGAAGAGCGAGGACCUUGGAAGUAUCAAUCUUACUCAGUGACAGGGUCAAGUUCUUCAUCCGAUCCAUGAGAGAAGAUGAUGUAGGACAAUAUCGCUGUACCUAUCACAUCCCUGCUGGCUGGUCAGAACCCAGUGAUGUCCUGGAACUUGUGGUAACAGGAGUCUACAGCAAACCCAGCCUCUCAGCCCUGCCUCACCCUGUGGUGAUGUCAGGAGAGAAUGUAAUCCUCCAGUGUGGCCCACAGAGGGGAUUAGACAGAUUCAUUCUGACUAAAGAAGGAAAAGAUGAGCUCUCCUGGACAUUGGUGUCAAGACGAAUUCCUAACAGACCAUUCCAGGCCAAGUUCCAUGUGGGCCCCGUGUUUCCUGGGCACAGCUGGAAGUUCAGAUGCUAUGGAUCUAACAGGAAAAGUCCCCAGGUGUGGUCCACACCCAGUGAUGUCGUGGAGCUCUUAGUCUCAGGAUCACCAGUUCCCAGCACUGAUAGCCAAGAAGUCUCAUCCACAGGACCUUCUGGGGACCCCACCUCCAGCCUCAGUGCCCAGAUCCCCAGCAUGGGAGUCCCGGGCUCUGUUCCCAGUGUCCUGAGUCCAGGCUGCCUGGAGGCUAUCAGCCCAUCUCAGCCUUCAUUCCAGAGUCAGCCCAGCUGGUGUCCAGAGAACAGAACUUCAAGUGCAGACAUCACUCGUGACCGAGGUCUGGAAAGAAACCUGCAGAUCCUGGCUUGGGUUUUUGUGGCCUUCUCCCUCAUAUCUGCAGGCCUCGUGCUGCUGCGACUUCAGCAUCAGGGACAAUGCAGGAAGGCAGGACCCAGUUCUGCUGCCACCUCCCCAGAAGGCUCCUGCAGCCACCAGAGCACUGAGUAUGAGGAUUGGCACAUAAUGACCCACAAUCUGGUGAAGCCCUAUGGAUGGAGAUGUGGUGGGCUUUCACCUGUUUCCCCCAAAGCAAGGCUAUUCCUGGACUUGAAAGACAAAGAUGCACAAGAGCACAAUCAGAGGGACAGGCAGGAAGCUGACUCUGAAGAUCCCCAGGGAGUGACCUAUGCCCAGCUGAUCAGCUUCAAGCUCAGACAGGAGCCAACUGCAGCCCGUUCCUCCCAGGUUAUACAGCCUCCAGCUGAGCCCAGUGUGUAUGCCUGCGUGGUUGUCCCUGAGAGCAGGAGACAUCUCAGACUACAAAGUGCUUGCACACUGGGGCGUCAGGAAGAAAAAGAGCUCUCCGGGGCACACUCAUUUGAGGACCAUGGGCAGCCUGGGGUUUCUGGGUGGGACCCUGAGGGAUCCUAGCAUCACCUUAUCCUGCAGUCCAAGGUUACUGCACCAACACCUCUGAGUAUUUAACAAGUUAGUGGUAAAAUAUGUGAGACUCAGCCAAGGAAAUCCCAAAGUGAUCUAAUUUAUCUUCAGAAUAAGAGCAUACACCAAGCUUGCAAUGCAUCUAUA